GGCGCAGUUUGAGGCUUGGAUAAACAGACGUGCGUAAAAGUUUUGUAACGGCGCCAUGGCUCGGUGCGCAUCACUUUACGCGCUCCUGGUUCUUGGAAUAACAGUGACUUCAGCUGUUAUAAGAGUUCCUCUUCAUAAAACCAGGAGUCUGCGGCGUCUCCUGAGCGACAGUGGCAGGUCUGUGGAGGAGCUGCGCGCUUUGGCACAGUCCUCUCUGGAUGUGACUCCUGCUCCACAUCUGCCCGUGGAGAGGCUCACAAACUUUAUGGAUGCUCAGUACUUUGGCUCCAUUAGUAUCGGUUCUCCUCCUCAAGAGUUCACUGUCCUGUUCGACACCGGCUCCUCCAAUCUCUGGGUUCCCUCUGUCCACUGCUCCUUUUGGGAUUUGGCCUGCUGGGUCCAUCGCCGCUACAACUCAAAAAAGUCAAGUACUUAUGUUCAGAACGGCACACAGUUCUCUAUUCGAUACGGUCGAGGCAGCUUGUCGGGGUUUAUCAGCGCAGACACAGUCUCUGUGGCUGGUUUGCCUUUGCCUAAGCAGCAGUUUGGAGAAGCGGUCAAACAGCCGGGCAUCACAUUUGCAGUGGCUCGUUUCGAUGGCGUCCUGGGCAUGGCUUAUCCUUCUAUAUCUGUGGCCAAAGUUACUCCAGUGUUUGACUCGGCCAUGGAGGCUAAACUGCUGCCACAAAAUGUCUUCUCAUUUUACAUUAACAGAGACCCUCACGCAGCUGUAGGAGGAGAGUUAAUCCUCGGAGGAACUGAUCCACAGUAUUACACCGGAGAGCUGCACUUUGUGAACGUCACUCGAAAAGCUUAUUGGCAGAUUCAGAUGUCUGGGAUAAACGUUGGCAGCCAACUGACUCUUUGUAAAAGUGGAUGUCAAACUAUUGUUGACACGGGGACGUCUCUGAUCGUGGGACCUGUGGCAGAAAUCAGAGCGUUACACAAAGCCAUGGGAGCGCUGCCUUUGAUAAUGGGGGAGUACAUCAUUGACUGUAAAAAGAUCCCCACUCUGCCCGUCGUGUCUUUCAACAUCGGUGGAAUUAUGUAUAACCUGACGGGAGCCGACUACAUCAUGAAGGAGUCUCAGAGGGGAGUGUCUCUGUGUCUUUCUGGGUUCAUGGCCAUGGACGUCCCUCCUCCUGCAGGACCUCUGUGGAUCCUCGGAGACGUCUUCAUUGGGAAGUACUACACCGUUUUUGACAGGAGUAAAGACCGAGUGGGCUUUGCUCCUGCUAAGUCCACUGUUUAGUGUUUUGAAUUAUCUUUUUACAAGGACGUCAAGUGUUUUCACGUAAUAUCUGCAGGUUUAAUUGAUGUUUAAUUGAUCAGACAAAAAAAUGUUACAUUUAUUUAUGUGACAUGUAAUCUUUGCCAGUUUUACACAACUGCAGUCAUGUAAAGUUGUAUAAAAAUAAAGUAUUAUAUGUAAACAUUUCUAUGGUACUAUAGGAAAUAAAAUUAAUUG